GCAGUCGAUGUCAUCAGCAAGUUCCGAAGCCGGUGGCGUGGGUUCUUAGAGCGCUGUCUUCUCUUCCCAUUACUUUACUAGUAAUUUCACAGAAGGAUAAUAAAAAUGACGGAACGAAAGGGUACAGCAAAGCUUGACUUCCUGAGAAAAAUUGAAACAGAAAUACAGCAGAAAUGGGAGAAAGAGAAAAUAUUUGACUGUGAUGCACCUACCACUAUCGGGGGAAGCUCAAACAAGAACAAAUACUUUGUCACCUUCCCGUACCCGUACAUGAAUGGCAGGCUGCAUCUUGGUCACAUAUUCUGCCUUUCCAAGUGCGAGUUUGCUGUAGGUUACCAGCGCCUCAAAGGAAAGCAAUGCCUUUUCCCAUUUGGGUUGCAUUGCACAGGAAUGCCAAUCAAAGCCUGUGCGGACAAGCUGAAGAGGGAGAUGGAGGUGUACGGAAACCCGCCCCAGUUCCCCGAAGAAGGGGAGGAGGAGGAGGAGAAGCCCAAGGUGGAAGAGGAAUUCGUCAUCAAGGACAAAUCCAAGGGCAAAAAGAGCAAAGCUGUGGCCAAGGCCGGAGGCUCCAAGUUCCAGUGGGACAUCAUGAGGAGCCUGGGUCUGAGCGACGAGGAAAUCAUUAAGUUUGCCAGCGCGGAGCACUGGCUGGAAUACUUCCCCCCUUUGGCCAUCAGAGACUUGAAGCAGAUGGGUGUUAAGGUGGACUGGCGGCGUUCCUUCAUCACCACGGACGUCAACCCCUUCUACGACUCCUUCGUCAGGUGGCAGUUCCUCACGCUCAGGGAGAGGAAGAAGAUCAAGUUUGGGAAAAGGUACACGAUCUACUCUCCCAAAGACGACCAGCCGUGCAUGGACCACGACAGGCAGAGUGGAGAGGGAGUUGGGCCACAGGAAUAUACCCUCGUAAAGAUGAAGAUCAUUGAGCCUUUCCCAGCAAAACUAAGUGGUCUUCAAGGCAAAAACGUGUUCCUGGUAGCAGCCACCCUGAGACCAGAGACCAUGUUCGGCCAGACGAACUGCUGGGUCCGCCCGGACAUGAGGUACGUCGCCUUCCAGACGGCGGGCGGCGAGGUGUUCGUGUGCACGCGGCGCUCGGCCAGGAACAUGUCCUACCAGGGCGUCACCAGGGACAACGGCGUGGUGCCCGUCGUCAUUGAGCUCCUGGGGCAGGACGUCCUGGGAUGUGCUCUGAGUGCCCCUCUGACCUCCUACCGGACCAUCUACGCUCUGCCCAUGCUCACCAUCAAGGAGGACAAAGGCACGGGGGUCGUCACCAGUGUUCCAUCGGACGCCCCCGAUGACAUCGCCGCUCUGAGGGACCUCAAGAAGAAGCAGGCCCUCCGAGAGAAAUACGGCAUCGAGGACAAGAUGGUGUUACCCUUUGAACCGGUGCCCAUCAUCGAGAUCCCGGGGUACGGGAACCUGUCGGCACCCGUGGUGUGCGACCAACUGAAGAUCGUGAGUCAGAACGACAAGGAGAAGCUGGCCGAGGCCAAGGAGAAGGUCUACCUCAAGGGCUUCUACGAAGGGAUUAUGCUGGUUGAGGGCUUCAAGGGGCAGAAGGUCCAGGACGUCAAGAAGCCCAUCCAGAAGAUGAUGGUGGAGAAGGGCGAGGCCCUGAUCUACAUGGAGUCAGAGAAGCUGGUCAUGUCCCGCUCUGCCGACGAGUGCGUGGUGGCACUCUGCGACCAGUGGUACCUGGACUACGGAGAUGCAGAGUGGAAGCAGCAGGCUGAUAAGGCUCUCAAGGCCAUGGAAACGUUCUGCGACGAGACCAGGAAGAACUUUGAGGCGACUCUGGCCUGGCUCCAGGACCACGCCUGCUCCCGUACCUACGGCCUGGGAACGCGGUUGCCAUGGGACCAGCAGUGGCUGAUUGAGUCCUUGUCAGACUCGACCAUCUACAUGGCCUACUACACAGUGGCCCACUUCCUCCAGGGGGGCGUGCUCAACGGACAGGGACCCUCGCCUCUCGGCAUCAAGCCGGAGCAGAUGACCAGGGAGGUGUGGGACUUCCUCUUCUUCAAGAGCUCUCCCUUCCCCAAGACGGACAUCCCCAAGGAGCACCUGCAGCGUCUGAGGAGGGAGUUUGAGUACUGGUACCCGGUGGACGUGCGCGUGUCGGGCAAAGACCUGGUCCCCAACCACCUCUCCUACUACCUGUACAACCACGUGGCCAUGUGGCCCAGCGACAGUGGGAAGUGGCCUCAAGCCGUCCGAGCCAAUGGACAUUUGCUGCUGAACUCUGAAAAGAUGUCCAAAUCUACCGGAAACUUCCUCACCCUGACCGAAGCCAUCGCCAAGUUCUCUGCCGAUGGGAUGCGUCUGGCGCUAGCGGACGCCGGGGACACGGUGGAGGACGCUAACUUUGUGGAGACGAUGGCGGACGCCGGCAUCCUGCGCCUCUUCACCUGGGCCGAGUGGGUGAAGGAGAUGAUAGCCAAUCAGGACGGCCUGAGGACCGGCCCGGCAGACACCUUCAACGACCGGGUCUUCUCCAGCGAGAUGAACGAGGCCAUCGUCCGCACGGAGCAGCACUACGAGAGGAUGAUGUACAAGGAAGCUCUGAAGAGCGGCUUCUUCGAGUUCCAGGCGUUCAAGGAUAAGUACAGAGAGCUGGCCAUGGAGGGGAUGCACAGAGACCUGGUGUUCCAGUUCAUAGAGAGACAGACCCUGCUACUGGCUCCCAUCUGCCCCCACCUGUGUGAAUACACCUGGGGCCUGCUGGGCAAGGAGUCCCUGAUGCUGGCUCGCUGGCCGGCGGCGGGCCCCGUGGACGAGCUGCUGCUCCUCUCCUCCCAGUACCUGACGGAGACGGCCCACGACCUCAGGCUGCGCCUCAAGGCCUACCUGAUGCCCCCCAAGAGCAAGAAAGGCAAUGCCAAGCCCCCAGGCAGGCCUUCGCACUGCGCCAUCUACGUAGCCAAGACCUACCCUCCCUGGCAACACAGCGCCCUCUCUCUGCUGGGCAAGCAUUACAAGGCCAACCAGGGGGUUCUUCCCGAUAACAAGGUGAUUGCGGUGGAGCUGGGGGCCCUGCCGGAGCUGAAGAAGUACAUGAAGAGAGCCAUGCCCUUUGUAGCCAUGAUCAAGGAGAACCUGGAGAAGAACGGGCCCAAAGUCCUGGACCUGGAGCUGGAAUUCGACGAACGAGCCGUUCUGCUCGAGAACCUCGCGUAUCUGACAAACUCUCUGGAGUUGGAUCAGAUAGAUGUGUUGUUUGCGUCGGAUGGCGAUGACAAAGUGAAGGAGGACUGUUGCCCAGGGAAACCAUUCAGUAUCUUCAGAUCCGAGCCCGGCGUGUCGGUGACCUUGGUGAACCCACAGCCGUCCAACGGGCUGUUCUCCACCCAGGUGGACAUCCGCCAGGGAGACAGCCGAGACAGCGUGCUCCGCAGGCUGGCCAAGGUCAACAGGGGCAUCAAAGAUCCGUCCAGGGUGAAGCUGAUGCGCUUCGAGGACCCGCUGGGCGGCCCGCGGCGCGUGCCCGUGCUGGGCCGCGAGGAGCAGGGCAAGCUGCCCGUGCCCGAGGGCUCCGUGUUCAGCGUGAGCCUGGAGGAGCGUGCGGUCAGCGUGGCCCACAACGGCCUGAGCGUGGAGGUGGGGGACACCCUGGUCUACCUGCUGCAGUAGGGGCCCUGUCCCUCUCUCUCUGUCUCUCUCUCCUUCUCUGACUAUCUCUCUGCCUAUCUCUCCCCCUCUCCCCCACCUCUCUCUCUCUCUCUCUCUGUCUGUCUCUCUCUCUCUCUGUCUCUCUGUCUCUCUCUCUCUAUCUCUCAUACACACAUACUGUCCUCCCAGCUUCCUCAGUCAGCCUAUGUCUCCCUCUACAUCAGGCCUGUAGACCAGCUCUCUUGUAAGUCUAUCGGAUCCGUCUGAAGACAUCCCAAGACCACUGCCUAACAGCUACCACAUAGCCAGCUUGAAAGUCAUGCGUGUAUGGACUUUGACACAAAAUGGCUGCCAAAGACCGCUCAGACAGCAUCCUGGGUGUGAGAUUAAGGAGGCGUUUCUAGAGAGUUCUGUCGGGGGUUCAGGUUGGAGGGGUUUGGAUGCAGGUGUAGCAUUGGUUGGCAGGGGGUUCUAAAGGAACUCUAUCUUUCCACUGCAGUUCCACACACAGGCGUGACUAAGUAUUGCCCUUGUUUUUUGUGCUCUCUGUCACUGCUCUCUGUAACUUCUUUACAAUAAAUGCAGUCUGUAUGUGUCAGGUUGAUUUUUCCCUCUUAGAAAAUGUGGAGGCCCCAUAGUCUUUGGAAUCAAUUAACAAAAGCCAUAUCUGACAUCAUAUCCAUGUUUUCCCACCAGUGUUUUUAUGCGGUCAUUUUGUCAACAUUUGUGUCCCCCAUAUUAAGACGUGGGCUAUCCAGAUGACUUUCCAGUCAAAAAUAAACGUCUGUGAACUACA